AACUUUUUCAUGAUUCAUAAAUUCAACUCAUCGAUCAGAAAAACGAAACACCCAACUCAGACGAGUUUUCCGGCGAAGCUUCUGCAACUACUCCGACCACAAUGAAGCAACCACCUUCAGCUUCCAAUCCACCUUAUGCAAAAGAUGAACAAAUCUCUCACCUUUCUCUCUCCCUAUUCUUCUUCACCGGACUUUGUUUUUUCUCUUUCUGUUUUUUGUCUUUUUGUUGCCAAUUCUAGAUUUUUCUCUGAAACAUGUUCAGGUGAAACAAAAUAUCUUUGGCUGCUACAUUGGUGAAGGAGAAUGAAUCUGCUAUGGAGGAUACACCAUAGUUAUUUGAGGAUCAGAUAAUCCAAAGGCUAGAACUUUUUGUGGUCCAUGUUUGUCACAUUCAUCAUCAUGCAUCCACCAAUAGAUGAACACCAUGUUUUACCUUGCUGUUGAUCUUCUUGUUCUAGAAUCAGAUCAAAUGGAAACUAUGGCUCUUCUACGAUUUAAUCCUCCAUUUGGUCAGAGUCAUGCACUUUCAUUUCCAUUACCAUUAUUUCCACAACCUCAGUUUCAUAAUUGUUCUAUAUAUCUUACCAAGCCAACCCAUUUGCCUCAAAGAUUGAAACUUAGCUUUGCUGGAGGGGAUGGUGGUGGGGGAGUUGGUUGGGGUGGUGGUGGUGGCGGAGAUGGAAGUUCGGGAGGUGAUGAUGGAAAGUCAGGCGAUUCAUCUUUUGGAAUUUUGGGUCUGUUUCUGAAUGGUUGGAGAUCAAGGGUUGCUGCCGAUCCACAGUUUCCUUUCAAGGUUCUGAGCGAGGAGUUGGUUGGUGUCAGUUCUGCUGUUUUAGGUGACAUGGCUACAAGGCCUAAUUUUGGGUUGAAUGAACUUGAUUUUGUGUUUUCAACUCUUGUUGUUGGUGCUAUUCUCAAUUUUACACUCAUGUAUCUCUUGGCACCAACAUUGGGAUCUGCUACAGCCAAAGUGCCGGCUAUCUUUGCAUCUUGUCCUAAGAGUCACAUGUUUGAACCUGGUGCUUAUAGUUUAUUGGAUAGGUUUGGAACUUUGGUGUAUAAAGGAACUAUUUUUGCUGUUGUUGGGCUUGGUGCUGGUCUUGUUGGAACAGCACUUUCAAAUGGGUUGGUCAGUAUGAGGAAGAAAAUGGAUCCCAACUUUGAGUCCCCAAACAAGCCUCCACCUACAUUGCUGAAUGGUCUCACUUGGGCUGCUCAUAUGGGUUUCAGCAGCAACCUCAGGUACCAAACUCUCAAUGGUGUUGAGUUCAUGCUGGAGAAAGUGCUUAAUCCUUUGGUAUUCAAGACCUCAGUUGUGGUUCUCAGGUGUGGGAACAAUGUUCUUGGGGGAAUGACUUUUGUGAUGUUGGCAAGGUUGACAGGGUCACAGAAUGCUGGUGAGAAGAAGCCAUCACAAUUGGAGGUUGGAUUAGGUGAGAAGGUUGAAAGGUAAAAGAGGCUUUGGUGAAUAACAAACAACCAAACAACACCAACAAAGUUAUAGCAUCAAUCAGUUUUGUUUUGACUAUUGCUUUGACAUAGGUUGUUGUAGAGCUCGCGGCUUUAGUUUUAUGAAUUUUGUGUAGAUUGUCCUACUCUGACAAACUCUUUCAGCAACAAAUAAGUAUGAAGAGUAGAUUGAGAUGGGGGAUUUGGAAUAAGUUUCUGGCUGGUGCUGCUGUUAUGUUGCUGAAACUCACAACCUGGAACAAUAACGUGCCAAAUUAGUAUAACCAUGUAUUGGAUUUUGGUCUCCAACUACCUUCCCAAAUGAAAACAUUUCGGCUAUUAUGUUUCUGUUUUUCGUUUCUGCUUUUUUGGUAGGCUUUAGUUGUUUUCUAGACCAAUUAUCAUUGUAAAAGUGUCACAAAUCUUUGUGGAGUUUUGGUUAUAUAAACUGAGGUUAAUGACAUUAAAUUCUGUAACAUCAGUUAUUUGUAGUA